GGCGGGCGUGACGCGUUUUCAAUUUCUAGAGGCACUCCAAUCCCUACUAUUCGCACUCAUGAUCUCCCUAGACUGAACCGCGGGCAGAAAUUCGACAGGGAGAGGCAAUACCUCGCCGCCAUCAUGGAUCAGUCAGAAGGCACUACUGACGUGGUGCAUCCCGAAGUUCGUGCGCACAUCAACAGUCUCGUCUCAGCUGUUAGUAGUAGUUUCUUGCCGGCCUUCUCCUCCGUUCGAGAGCUAUGCGCUGACCGCGACCUUGUAGCUUGGUGGUUUUAGCGCCGACGACGACGGACGAUAUGUGCUCGGAGACUCUGCCCUCGAGGUCUUGCGAGAUAUCAAAAAAUGGAUCCGCUUCUACGACGAGAAAACGAAUCGGAUGGACGUCGCGCGAUGCUUAGCCGAAGCAAAUCUCAUCGACGGGGACCUGCUACACAUCAUCGCCUCCUGGCCCGAGAAUGCCACCGACAAUAGGUUCAAGGCGAGGGCUGCCCUGGCCUGCUUCGAGAUCAUGGUACCGUUAACCUGGCCGUUGGAACGAGACCCCGACCAGAUGACCAUCAACCACCACCGACACCUCCCCGUACUGCAGCUCGCCCAAUUCGGGUACAAGCGUGCCAUUAUCAACUUCGAUGCGGCCGAGAUCCUCCGUACUGCCGUACGGGUUGCCUUGCCCUCCAUAGCCCUGUCUCGCAGCGAACGAUCAACGCGCGACGAGAGUAUAAUCAAGCUUGUCCUCCUGUUCCUCCGAAACAUAGCCAUGAUCUCACCACCCCCGGGCGUCCAGUACGAUGGCGACGAAUCGCAGAUAUCGCGCUCGGCUUUAAUUGAUGCCUUUUCUUACCAAGAUAUUCUCCUCGCCCUUCUGGCCCUGGCCUCCAACAUGGGGGAGGACUUCAAUCAAGAAGGCGUCAUUGUGAUGGAGAUCAUAUUUCACCUAGUCAAGCGCGUCGACAUAUCGAAGCUGUUUAUGGACGACAAGGAGCUUGGCAAGGCGAAGUCGGACGAGUUGGCGGCUAUGAUGAACAAAGAAGCCGCGAUGCACCGCCCUUACAAUCGGAAAGCUCCCUCGCGCCACAAUCGCUGGGGAACCAUGAUCUGGGUCGAUCGAGGUGAUGGCAAGGUUUCCACCGUCAGCGGCCAGGAUGCUUUACUUGAUUCUGCCACGAGACAGCGGAAGAUGGACAGCAGCAAGGUGUAUAGACCCCCGCGGAGACCUAGAAAGGACGGCAAGGAACUACUGGAUCUUGGGCUCCCAGUAUCGUUGAAUUCUAGGGCGCGGAAGCAGCUGAAGAACUUUGUAGAAGACUUCCUCGACUCUGGCUUCAACCCCCUCUUUCAACAUGUCCGGAAGAAGCUCGACGACCAAAAAGACUACGUCUUCGAAUACCAUGCCCGACAAUUCUUCUAUUUAGUAGCGUGGUUUUUAGAAGCCGAACGAGCUCGAAGGAAGGCUGCAAAGGGCCGCAAGUCGACCGAUGCCCAAGACGUUAGCUCUUUCAACCUCGUCGCCGGUGUGCUCGACCAGCAGACGUUCAUCACAUUAAACAGGGCCAUUGCCGACUCACUAGAAAAUAAGCGCUGGCACGAAUUAUGCGCAGCCAUGCGAUGUUUCACGCAAAUUCUCCUAACGGUCCAGGAGAUGUCUGAGUCGGGGAACGAGGAAGACGAAGAGAUUGCUGAGAACAUUCUCAGCCGUAUUUUCUACGAGGAAGAGACCCACGAUAGGGUCGCGAGCAUCGCUAGGGAUUACAAGGAUCAAGGCUUUGAGUAUCUCGACGCCUGCACGGAGCUUACGCACACAUACCUGCGCGUUCUAGAAGCGUACUCGAAGCAGAACGUCGACAUGCAGGUCCGGUCACGACGUCGGGUCCGGAAGAAGAAGAAGGCUGCUAAAGCUGUUGCGGAGGGCGAGGAGAACCCUGUAGUAGAGGAAGAAGUCGACGAUUCUGAGAAUGACCAGGCGAAUGCGGAGCGAACCUCCAGCGAGCGGAAGUUUGACUUCAAUCGCUUCAUGGGCCGCUUUGUCCCCCAGGGCGUCGUAGACACAUUCGUGCACUUCACGAAGCAUUACCAGGACCUGAAUGACUCUCAGCUGAAGCGUGCCCAUCGCUAUUUUUACCGCGUAGCCUUUAAGCUGGACAAGAGCGUGAUGCUCUUCCGGAUCGACAUCAUACACUUGUUAUACGGCAUGAUAAAAGGCCACGAGCCCCUCGACAAGGGGUCGCCGAUGUAUAAGGAAUGGGAAGAGCUGGUGAAGCAGAUACUGAAGAAGUGCAUCCGCAAGAUCGAGGAGCGGCCCCAGCUGAUCAUCGAGAUGCUGUUCUCGAAGACCAACACGACGGCAAAUUACCUCGAAUACGGAUACGAUAAGCAGACCCUCUCGACGGCGCAAUCUAAGCCGGCGGCCGAGCUGGAAUUCCGGAAUAUCCUCGAGCGGGACCAGCAGAUCGCAAUCGCCGUUAGCGUCUUGCUGGACAAGAACCUGGCGGACCACGUUAACUGGGUGAAAGGCCAGCUGUCCGCCGCCGAAAGCGAACGGAGGGCGUGGGAAGCAGCGGAGAAGGCCAUACCCUCCGUAGAGGGAGCCGAGAAGGAAGGCGAGCAGCAGCAGCCGGAGGAGAAUGCUCCCAGGAGAGAUCCCCCGGCCAUUUCAAUACGUCCAGAUAGCGACGCGCGACGGAUAGCCAUGUUCAAGAACUCGCACCUCCGGCUGCUCAUGAAGCUCGUGGGCAUGGAGCGGCUCGCGCCGGGCGUCGACGAGACGCCGGAGUCGGCCUGGAUCCUGCCGCCGCACGUGACGGCCGACGACGCGCAGGCGUCGCUCGACCUCAUCGCGCGGGCCGAGUUCGAGCCGCCGUCGUUCGAGGACGGGCGGCUCGCGGAGGACCAGCUGCGGCGGAAGGCGGCGCCGCGAAAGAAGAAGGCGGUGUUCGACGACGACGACGACGACGAUGACGACGCAGACGACGACGAUAUCCUGUUCCCGGCGGGGGGGCCGACGGCGCGCAAGGUAGCGGACGGGACCCAGGACAAGCCCAAGGCACGACGACGAAGGCGCGACGACGAGAGCGAGGACGGAGAGGAGCCAGCGCUGACGGAGGAGCAACUUAAGGAGAAGGCGAGACUACGGCGGGAGCGCGAGAGGGCGAAGGCGCGGCGGUUCAAGAGCGAGCUGUACGUGCACGCGAGCGACGACGAGUCGGACGACGAGGACGGGACGCGGUGGGCCGAGUUCUUCGCGAACGAGGAGCGCAUCCGGGCGCGGCAGCGAGCGGCGGCGGCGGCGGGAGCGGUCGCCGAGGCGGAGGACAAGGGAAAGGGGAAGGGGAAGGAGGAGAACGGGAGGAAGCGCAAGGCGGCGCAGGCGCUGGCGUCGGACGACGAGAGCGACAACGACGACGACCUGAUCCUGCCGCCGGAGUCGGACGACGAGGGGGGCGGAGAUGCUGGGGUGCGCGCGGACGGGUCGGAGGGAGACGAGGAGGGAGAAGAACAAGAAGAAGGGGGAGAAGACACGGACACGCGGUCGAGCCCGCACGCGAGCUCGGCGGCCGGCGCCAAGAGGCGGCGCCUGUCGCGGGAGCCGUCUGCCGCCUCGACUACGACUACGACUACGACUACGACUACGACUACGGCCACCGCUACGACGGAGCGCCAGCCGCAGCCCGCGGGCGACGACGGCGCAGCCGAGGACGCCGACAUGCAGGACGCGCCGGCCUCGCAGACGCGGGCGCCGCGGCGCCGGGCCCCCGCCGGGUUCCUGGUCGACAGCAGCGACGACGAGGAGUAGCCGGACAGUCGGCAGGCAGGUCUCGGCCUGGGUUCUCCGGCUCUCUCUCUCGCCUGGACGCGAGCACGCGAGAAGGUACACGCGGGCGUUUUGGUUGGGUGUCUCUUGCUCUGGGCUGGGCGGAUACGGGGGCUGCGUGUACGUGCGCUGUGCGCGGGCGAGUGGACGGAUCGGUCGAUGGGACGGGCAUGU